AUGGCUCUGGCCGCGGAAGGGGACAUCUGGAAUAUUUCGGGCACCUGCUCCGCCGACCUCACCUGCGAGAUCGACACUCAGUACGCCAGCCCGGAGGUAGCUUGCGGAAACAUGAACGGGAAAUUUGCCGGCUCGGGCACCAACGGGAGGACGAGCUGCACUCCUGUGAACACUAAGUGCACGUACACAUGGCAGUGCUAG